AUGGAUGACACCAAGCUGGUUGGGACUGUAGAUCUGCUGGAGGGCAGGAAGGUUCUGCAGAAGGAUCUGGGCAGCUUAGAUCCAUCAACUGAGGCCAGCUGUAUGAGGUUCAAUAAGGUUCACCGGACAGUGGGACGCCGCGGGGCGGCGGAGAGCCGGGGCUGUGCGAGCGCGGCCUCGCGCGGCUCCGCCCGUAGGUGGCGCUGCGGCCCCGGCGAUGGCGGCCCCGGCCCGCCCGGCGCCGCAGCGCGGCGCGGCCUUCAUCAAAAGCAGCUUUUCGUGGCAACGCUCAGGCACACGAGUGCAACCUUGGUGAAUUCCACUGAAGGGGGUUUGAAGAAGAGGUCACUGGGACCACCUUUGAUCCCCCCAAUACCCAAGACAGGAAGUCUCCCUGUUGGCAGUGCUGCAGGGUCUCUGCGAAACUCUGUCCAGAUGGAUUUCCAGGAGUCCCAGGAGAUGAGGCCAAGACCCAGCAGCCGUAGCCAAGACAAGAGCUCUGACCAUGCAGGCCUGACUGGCUACUCACUUGCCAAGAGGUUUUCCGCGGCAAGUCCCUUGAUGCUCCUUCCCUCCAAGCUUCCCAUCCCGAAGAGCUCUCCUUCGACCAAGCCAAGCCAGGUUUGCAGUGGAGAGCAGGAGAAGGGGAAAAACAUCAGUAGCUGUGAUCAGGAGAGUAGAAAACAACAGGGACGGCAAGGCUGGAUGCUUGAUCUGAGCACUGUGUUCUAAUCUUUCCAGGCAACCUUGGUGAAUUCCAAUGAAGGGGAUUUGAAGAAGAGGUCACUGAGACCACCUUUGAUCCCCCCAAUACGCAAGGCAGGAAGUCUCCCUGUUGGCAGUGCUUCAGGGUCGGUGCAAAGCCCUCUCCAACUGGAUUUCCAGGAGUCCCAGGAGAUGAGGCCAAAACCCAGCAUCUGUAGCCAAGAGAAGAGCUCUGACCAUGCAGGCCUUCCACUGAGCCAGGCCAAGGAGAUGGAUCAUCCCACCAGUCCUGGUUUUAUGAGUGACAGUGACCUGAGGGACAGCUCUGGAAAGAUCUGUCCUGCAUUGUGCAAGUUGGCUGAAAAGAACUUUGAGCAGAAGAAAAUGGAGCUUCUGGAGAAAGAGUUGGAGAGAAGGAGACAAAAUCAAGCAUCCUUGCAGCUUCCUUCUCAGCCAGUUGAGCCUGGGGAUGCAGCUGGAGCAAGUAACUCCUCUUUGGUCCCUGCAGGCUUUAGGCUACCACCUGUCGAUGGCACAGCUGUUAGUGGGCAGAGAAAACAGCCGGCUAGUGACUUGAAGAAGCAGGUUGUGAGGAAGCAGGACAACGUGCCCUUACUGCCCAGUACGUCCACCAUCCAUGGGGAUGGCAGCUUCCCACGCAACUCCACAGUGACCUCGCAGACGGCCGCUGGUGCCCAGCGCCGAGAGCAGCCGCGCCGUGGGACUGGGCAGAAGGACACGGCCUCUGCAGACCCACAGCAGUCCUUGCAGGAGGCACUGUCCUCGCUCGGCAGCGACGACUGGGAGAUGAAGGAGAAGGGACUCUGCAUCAUCAAACAGCUGGCUGAGUCCCAUUCAGAAGUUCUGCUUUGUCGACUUCGUGAGAUUUGCUUGGCAGUUACCAGCGAGGUGACCAGCCUGCGGUCAAAGCUGUCUUGUUCUGCAAUCAUCACUCUGGGAGAGCUGUUUGCACUCUUGAGGAAGGACAUGGAUUCUGAGGUGGAUGAGGUUGCUCCUGUCCUUCUCCACAUGGUGUGGAACUCCCCAGAGUUUGUUCAGAAGGCAGCCUGUCAGGCCCUGGCCAUCAUGGUAGAGAAGGUGACUCCUGCACGAGCAAUGACUGUUCUCAUGGACAAGGGAGUCAAGAGCCGCUACGUCCAGGUGCGGAAGUGCGCGGCCGAGCUCCUCCUGUCCUUGGUGCAGAGAAUUGGAGUCACGAAGCUGGCAGGCACACCCAGGGCUGAGACACUGGCACACGUGGCAGGGACACUUGCUCAGGACUGUCACCAGGACACAAGGCAUUACGGACAGGAGAUGGUGAAGAUGCUGCUGAAUAAUCCAAAAUUUAAGAAGCUUUUGGAACAAUCUCUUUCCACCCAUGACCUGGAAGAUAUCCUGACAAGAAUUAAGAAGAAAGGGAUGGAAAACCAGAAGGCUGAACGCCCAUCUGUGAAGAACCUGGUGAAGAAGAGGAGCGAAGGCUCAAAGAAGCCCCAGGCCACAUCGCCUUCUAGCAAUCGGUACUUUUAUAAAGUAUCACUGAUGAAAGAGCUCGGCAACCAAUGGAGCCAACUGAAUGGCGAAGCUCUGCUGGCUGUCACGGAGUGUAUCACAGUGCUUGUGGAGUGGGUUUAUGCCAGGAGCCCUGAAGUCGUCGAGCGCUACGCCCUGCCCGUGCUCUGGUCCUUCCUGGAGAACAAGGCGCUGCCUGUCCGAAGCGCCAGCGUCCGCACGGUGGCCACCAGGCUUGCCUUGGCCCUCUACGAGGUGAUGGGCAACAAGCUGAAGAAGUGUGCAGCCAGCAAGCCUCCACGCGUGCAGGAAAGCCUCUCUGACAUUUUGGGCUGGUGAAGGUCUCAUGUUCUCCGGAAAAUGACAAAGUUCUGACUUGGACACCUCCGGAUAUGACUUUUUACAUCUACCAAAAAUGACAAAACACUAAGGAAGGGUGUGCAUCUACCCCCGCUCUCUCCAUCGCCCUUCAUCAUCAUGAAAUGGGAGCCCUGAAGCAACUCCAAACAAUGACGACAAUGUGAAGGCUGAGCAUGGCUUAGCCUCACAAAAAGAUCUGACUGGCUGC